AGCGCAGAGAGGAAAAGAGACGCAAGAGACUGAUAAACCAAGAGAGCAGGCGAAAAAAGUGGAGACAGAUUUAUUUUACGCACGGGAAAGACAGGGAAACGAGUAGAAGAAAGGAAAGGGGAGAAAGGGAAAGAGGAAUCGAUUUCGCCCCCCCCUCCCUAAAUUUGGCUUCUUUCACUCUCAUGACUCAAAGAGGAUUCCAGUUAAAUUCACCCUGUCGGGAGGAAUUGAUGGUGUCUUUUCAGGGAAGCAGAGCCGAGGGGAGGAAUCUGAACGCGCUCGGCUGAACCAUGCCAGCCCUGUGGAUCAUAACUUUGGCGAUCACUUUGAACCAAGUGUGGUGCAUUCGCUUCUCCCAGGAGCCCGCGGACCAGUCGGUGGUACUGGGAGAACGGGUGGUGUUGUCCUGCGUGGUCUUCAACUACAGCGGCAUCGUCCAGUGGACCAAGGACGGCCUGGCCCUCGGCAUCGGAGAGGGUCUCCGAGCCUGGCCCAGGUAUCGUGUGCUGCGGGCUCUGGACAUCGGCCAGUACAACCUGGAGAUCUCCAAUUCUGAGCUGUCUGAUGACUCUCUGUACGAGUGUCAGGCCACAGAGGCCGCCCUGCGCUCCAGGAGGGCCAAACUCAAUGUACUCAUUCCCCCUGAGGACCCAGUGGUUGAUGGAUCCCCAGAGCUCCUCCUGAGGGCUGGAACUCCAUACAACCUGACCUGUGUGACCCGCGGGGCUAAGCCUGCAGCACACAUCCAGUGGACCAAGGAUGGAGUCGCUGUGGAGGGGGCCUACCAGUCUACGGAAGUGCUACCAGACAGGAAGAGGGUGACGACCAGGAGCUACCUGCCCAUCACACCAGCUGACACUGACAGCAAUAGCAACUUCACCUGUGUGGCCAGCAACCCGGCGGUGCCAAUGGGCAAACGAGCCACUGUUACCCUCAACGUCCACCACCCUCCUAUGGUGACCCUGUCCAUUGAGCCUCGCUCUGUCCUGGAGGGCGAGAGAGUCACCUUCACCUGCCAGGCCACUGCCAACCCUCCCAUAAUGGGCUACAGGUGGGCAAAAGGUGGCGUGCUGCUGGAGGGGGCCAGAGAAAGUGUGUUUGUCACCACAGCAGAUCACUCCUUCUUCACCGAACCCGUGUCCUGUCAGGUUUACAACGCUGUGGGAAACACCAACGUCAGCAUCCUGGUGGACGUGCACUUUGGCCCAAUACUGGUGGUGGAGCCCAGGCCAGUUACGGUAGAUGUGGACUCUGACGUCAGUCUGAACUGCAAGUGGUCUGGCAACCCCCCUCUCACCCUCACCUGGACCAAGAAGGGCUCCAACAUGGUGCUCAGCAACAACAACCAGCUGUAUCUGAAGUCAGUGAGCCAGGCCGAUGCAGGCCAAUAUGUCUGCAAGGCCAUUGUGCCCCGGAUUGGAGUGGGAGAGACUGAGGUUACACUCACUGUCAACGGCCCCCCCAUCAUCUCCAGUGAUCCAGUCCAGUACGCGGUCAGAGGAGAGAGAGGCGAGAUCAAGUGUUACAUCGCGAGCACCCCCCCACCUGAUAAGAUUGUCUGGGCGUGGAAGGAGAAUGUGUGGGAGAAAGAGAAGGGCACCCUGAUGGAGAGGUAUACUGUGGAGCAGAGUAAACCUCCGUCCCAGGGCGGGGCCGUCCUCUCCACCCUCACCAUAAAUAAUGUCAUGGAGUCAGACUUCCACUCACCCUACAACUGCACCGCCUGGAACUCCUUCGGACCCGGCACCAUGAUCAUCACCCUGGAGGAGAAGGAUAUUGUUCCAGUGGGAAUUAUCGCCGGUGGUACGGUGGGCUCCUCCAUUCUGCUGCUUAUGUUUCUACUGGCUCUCGCCUUCUUCCUGUACCGCCAACGCAAAGGCAGUCGCCGAGGUGUCACCCUCGGUAAACCAGACAUCAAGGUGGAGACAGUCAACAAAGAGACCCACAGCCUGGAGGAGGAGGCGGCCGACGUCUCCACGGCAACCCGGAUGGUCAAGGCCAUGUACUCUCCGUUCAAAGACGACAUGGACUUGAAGCAGGACAUCAGGAGCGAGAGCGACACCAGAGAGGAGUACGAGCUCAAGGAUCCAACCAAUGGCUACUACAACGUCCGAGCCACCACCCAUGAUGAGGCGCGCCCCCAGUCCCGUGCCAUCCACUACCAGGGAGAGUUUCGCCCCCCGAACCCAAACAGUGGACCAGCCGGUGCCACUUCCAGCGGACCCUCAGCUACACCCAGCGGUGCUGUUCCCCCCAGCGCCGUGCCAGGCUCAAGAGCAGGCUGCUACGACCCCCGCCCGCCUUCCAGGAUGUCCCAUGCAACCUACGCCCAGUUCAAUACCUUCUCCAGGGUGCCGCAGAGCCAGCAAGCGCCUCCCAAUCCAGCUCUUCAAUCACCUGGAGAUUACCCCGGAGAUUGUGGCCUGCUGGAAAGCACAACCCAGCUGGCCUAUGACAACUAUGGAUACCCCUCCCAGUAUCCUAGCUACCGCAUGGGCUUUGCCCCGCCCAUAGAGGAAGGACCAGCCUAUGAGAUGUAUCCAACAGGACAAGGGACUGGGCCAGGACCAGGUCCCGGGCCAGCGCCAGGACCAGCACUGGGACAACAAAGUCCUGAAACAGGGCUAGGGCAGUAUGGCAGCUCCACUCGCUUCUCAUACUCGUCUCCACCCUCUGACUAUUCCCAAAGACACACACAGCGGAUGCAGACUCAUGUUUGAGAAACACAAAUACACACUCUUUGACUUUAUUUUUGCAACAGCAGUACUUCUUACACGUAAAACAAGUCAUACAUAAAUGUAAAAAAAAGACGUAAACAAAUCUGUUUUCUUUCUCCAUAGCAUCCAAUGCAUGGAUUUUGGUUCAUUUUCUGAACCAAAAAAAAAAAAACUCCCCAACAACGCACAGCAGUUAGCAGCAUCGCAUAUUAAUACAGUUAGCAGCAAUACAUGCAAAGUGACAUUCACACACAUUUGCGCAGACCUUCUGUUGUGUGCAGUGUUUAUGCUCCAACAAAAGCAAAGCGAGAACCACAAUCAAGAGAAAAGAGACAAAAAGAGCGCCAGGAGCUUCAGGAGGAGCAGAGGAACCUUUUUUUCCCCUGUAAUCCUCAUCCUGCUCACAUUUUCCUCCCAUCUCUGUAAAUAAGUGCAAAUGGAGAUUUGGGUUAUUUUAAAGUUAAUUCCUUGUACAAACCUAUACAGUGUGAUGCAGUACAGUGACCUACAGCAAACCUCCCUGCAUUUUCUGACUCUCACAUAUCGCAAAAAAACCCUCCACACAUACACACAAAUCUGUAAAGACUUGUUUGUUUCAAUGUAUUGCAACAAUGAGGCAGCUUGGACUAUAAAUAUAUCUGGCACUUUUUGAUCCCUUUUCCUGACUAAAGCCUGUCCAGUGCCCUUUGCUUACAAGAUCUACCUUGAUUUAAGUGGGACAGAGCUUUUUAAAGUGGUGCCAAUGCUUAUGUGCCAACACACAAACUAUUAUAUUAAGGUGUGGCUUCUUUUGUAAAGCGUGGACAAUGAGACGCUCUGAACAACGACAAAGGUUUUGUAUGUGCUACAUUUGAGAGGAAAGGAAAGGAGUGGUAGCAAGUGUCUCUAAAUGCUCAUUCUCCUCCUCAUCUUAUUUUUUAUCAUCAUGAACAUUUCACUCGAGGUCAAUGCUGUAUAUACAGUAUUUGUGAAACAAGGUGUGGCGGGAGUGCUUUUUCAUUCAAUGAAUUUCUGCAAUUUGUACAAAAAGAUACCUCCCCUACCUUCAAGUGUCAAAAAGUAUUUGUUUCUCUCACUUGCACAGUAGAAUAGAUUUUUUUUCCAUAUUUAUACCGAAACGUAUAAAAAAAUGGCAUUCAGAAACAUUUUAUAGUAUUUUUAUAAGGAGUUGUGGACCAAAGGUUCAGCGUUUUGGGUGAAACUCACUUUUUAAUGUGUAUGUGGCGACGUGAUCGUUUUUGGAAAUGCUUUGACUUUCUUUAAGAGGCGAUGGAUGGUGUUUUUUUUAGAGUGGAUAUUGUAGAUUUCAAUUAGAAAAUUUUAAGAGCUUCUUUCCCAAAUUUUAAAUAUCCAGCAAGGGGAAUCAGUUUGGUGGAUAUCUCUAUUUGGUGUGAAACUCUUUCUUUGACUUCCAGUCUUCUGACUGGACUGCCUUUUUGACCGUCGACGACAUUCAAAAUGAUGGAUGGAGAACAAGCGGCUGCUCACUUUGAGCUGUGUUGUGAACUUUGUAAGCAAUGAGAAAGGUUCCAGUGUAGUCUAACAUAUCAAAACGAAGGUACAGAGGAUUCUAUCUAGCUCAUAUGUACAUUUAUAUGUAAGUAUAUUGGUUUGUUCACUGCAACAGAAAUUUGGUGGUAUUUUAUGUCAGAGAUUUUCCCAUUAUAUUGUGUCAGCUUUGGUACGUAUGAUUGGCCUUUAACCGCACAGGUUCAUAAUGAUGAGCGUUUAAAACCUCUACGGACACAGCUACUGUACAAGUCCCAUGUUUUAAGUAAGACGUUAUAAAAAGGAAGCCUUAUUUUAUCAACAAAAAAAAAAGGUUUUGUUUCCUAAAUGAUUUUGGAGCUUACCGACAACACCAUCUGUGACCCUGUAUCAGUUUAAAGACAUUUAUUUGACAAGAAAGUGUAAAGAAGGGAAAGCUUUGCAUGGCUACAUUUGACUGCUCCAUUUUUUUAUUCCCCAUAUAUUAGUAUGUUACAAACUCACAUCUCUAGAGAAACAAACACAGACAACCGAUUGGAUGUUGAUGACAAAUUUGGUUUUGGCCAACCUAUGUGAGAUAUUUCUCCUGCGAUUUACCUCAUUUACCUACAGGAAAUGAUUUGACUUCCAGCCACUUAUUUAUAGUGUUGUUUGUAGUGUGAACACUGCAUCGAAAACACUUGUCUAAAGCAGCUAGUCAUGCUUAAGUAAGAUCAGUGAAAAACAGCUGCUACGGUCUGCCAUCAUGUUCCCACAGUGACAAUCAUGUGUUGAUUAGACCCCAUAGCGGCAGCAUCAAUCUUUCCUACAUACUGAGCUUGAAAUUGUAAGGAUCAUUGAAUAAUACAUGACUUUUGUAAACUUGUGUGGCAACCACCAAGAAUUGCUUUUUACAUUUUAUUUAUUUUUACCUUUCCUUAAUGCCACAUUUACUUUACUGAAUAGUCAAAGACGAGUAACAAGAGGGACUUUAAAAAGCAACGAUGAGUCCCCCCACCUGUAUCUCUACCAUACAUUUUUGAGUAUGAAAAAUGAUAGCAGAUGAGGAGGUGCUUUGCGAAAGUCCAGAGGCCGCAAAGUGAAACCAGAAAUCUCAGCACCUCUAGCGGUAAUCAUUGAGUCUUCAUACUUAUCAGCCACCCUAUCAACCCCUCACAGAUACAGUAUAUUAUGGUAAUUUUGUGCUAAGGGGCAUUAAAUGUUUUAUUUAUUGCCCCUAUUUUGAAUAAACACUUUCAGACAGGAAACCACAGCCACGCCGUUUCUGAUUAGAAUAUCAGAUGGAACCUUGUUGCUCCAAGGUCACUAUAUAAACCAUUUCAGUAGUUAUAAAGAGAAGAACGGCAGAUGGAGCACCCUUUUAAAUUUAUAUGGUUAUCACAGCCUUGGUACCGCAUACUAUUACCACUUUACAACCUUUUUACAGAGUUGUAGCUGUGCAGUAUUUUGCAUCGGACUUGAAAUGUCAUUAUGACCUUGUGUAGAAUGAGUAAAUCUGACACUGAGGAGGUACUGAGGCCAACAAAUACACGGCCAGUCCAUUCAGGUACUUAGUCAUUACCUCUUAACUAUUUACAGUCUGUUGACAUUGGGGACAUAUAAAUAUGUAAAAGACACCAGAGAUGCCAAAAAUGCAAAACAGAUGUUUAGAUUUGGUUCAGCAAUGAAAAAAUAGAGCGGAAUCUGUGUUUACUCCACUAGGUGGUUAUUUCAUGUCUUUCCCCCUUAUUUCCAUACGUACCUCUCACCGCGGUGCACUGAUACGCUUUACUCUCUACUCUCGCCCCUGUGUAAAAUUUAUAGCCACCUACCUGCUUCCAGAUUUAGAGAGUGAACCUGCCUUUUAAUGGAAACCCAUCACAACAUAGCAAACCUUUCUGUCAUAGCUUUCUUCCAAAUUUUCUUCAAGAUGAAAACAUAUGGAGUAGGUUUAGCAGUCUAGCGUGCAUUAAUGUGUGUAUGUUGUGUUUUUUUUUUAGAGAAUAUAAAGCUUCAUGAGCUCAUAACAUCAUCCUCGGUGUUCAUUUACUUAACAUUUUCGUCUUUGAAAAUCAAUUUUCUUGAUAUUACUUUGUGGUGUUACAUCACCUUUGGAAGAAAUAACAGUGGUCAAAAGUGUGUUUAAACUUUUAUAUACAGUGUUUUAUUUUAUUUUGUAUGCAUCGGAUGGGCGGCUCUUAUUAAUCAACCCAGCAAAUGUGAGGACAUGUGUGUCUUUGGCCAAAAUGACUGCGCAGCCAGGCCACAAAUAGCCAAAACCCUGUUUCAAAUAGGCCAACCCAGGCUAGAACCAGGCCAGACCCACAGCAAACUGCUCUGUUCCAUGCUGUGCUGUGCUGUGCUGCGCCAUCCCUGGCCAAGACUGACUCAAGUGGCUCGGUGUCCAUUUUUACUUUGUGGAGUCUUCAGUGAGUGCCAAAAGACUGUGCAAAAAAAUGAACUGAGCAGACAAACAAAUGCAGCAGCCAUUUGUGUUUAUCGUGUUUAUAUGUGUAUGUGUACGCUAUCUGUUUGUGUCUCCAUACAUGCACACGUACUGUAUGUAUCCAUCUGUGAACAUGCAUGUGUGUGUGUGUGUUGGCAGCCUUUAACACCAGUGUGUUUUCAUGCCAUUAUAAAUGUGGUGGGACCACUGGACUGUAGAAAUUAGGGUUUGACUGUUUUGGGCAAGGAUCAGAUAGAUUAACCAGUAAUGUUGUCAGCUGCUGGCAUGAUGGAGGUUCCUCCUGACCACAGCUACAUAUAAAUAGUCUUUAUAACAUGAAAGAUGAUUUAAUUUACAGAUUGAAUUCCUUCAUUUAAUAGUUCAACAAUUAUUUUUGUGAAAAUGUGAUUAAUUAAAAGGCAGUAUUAUUCUAAAUUGUUGUUAAAGUUAUAAUCCUUAAGAUGUUUAUUAUAUCAAAACACAUUUCUGAUACUAUUCCACUCACAGGGAAAGACAAAAGCAGGGGCACAUACACAUUUCACUUGAUGUUGUAGUCAACAGUGGGUUAUGAGUUCAGCAUUACUGUUUCAGAUGACUGUAGUCUUCUUCAGUCUUCUUCAUUUAAACUAUGUAAUGUGAAGAAUCAUCGCUGCCCAGUUUUUUUUUUCAGUGAUUCAAAUAUGCCUAGUGCAUGAAAGCUGGAAAAUACAAAUCCGAGCUUGGUAGGCAGGAUUAAAGACUGUAGUUGUGGUUCCAUAAACAUAGGCCUCAUAGCAAGAUGUGAAUAAACAACUGAUUUUG